UGAAGUGGAACGCAUCAGUCCUCUAUAAAAGGGGUCUGUGGCGUGGACCAGGUCAUUAACCGGCAGUAACACAGCGGGUUACCACAGGACAGAGGAGCGACAGGCUACCGGAGAGCUCAGUGGCUGCUUUGACAGAUUGAAUCCAGCAGUCACAAUGGCAGACAGCAGGAAGACUGAUGAGACUGGAGCUCCAGAACCCGACCCAGCUGAUAAAGACCAGCAGAAUGUUGUUUCACGAGUGAGCAACUUGCCCUUGGUCAGUUCAGCUUGUGAGGCGGUUUCAAGUGCAUACACUACCACCAAAGACAGUGUGCCCCUGCUGAAGGGAGUGAUGGAUGUAGCUGAGAGUGGGGUCCGAACUCUGGGUGCAGCUGCCAGCACAGGAUCCAAACCUCUUUUGGACAUGAUGGAGCCACAGCUUGCCACAGUAAAUGAGUAUGCCUUGAAAGGAUUGGAUAAGAUGGAAGAAAAGCUGCCUAUUCUUCACCAACCAGCAGACAAGGUGGUGUCAGACACCGUAGGAAAGGUGUACCAGUCUGUGGCAGGAGCCAAAGAAGCUGUGGUGGGGGCUAUGAUGGGUGGAAUCAGUACAGUCAUGGGUACCAGGAUGGGCCAGAUGGUCAGCAGUGGGAUGGGCCUGGCCCUCAGCCGCUCUGAGGACUGGGUUGACCAGAACCUACCACUCACUGAGAGGGAGCUGGCUGCUGUGGCUGAACCUGUCACCGAUGACCUGAUUACCUCAUCAGGUAGCCCCAGCUACUUUGUCCGUUUGGGUAAACUUUCUGCCAAGGUACAGGACCGAGCUCUUCAGCAAUCAUUGGACCGGGCCCGGCAUUACAGGGAUGCCGCCUAUACUGCAAUGGCUCAGAUUACCAGCACACUGGACCUGCUAGAAGCUGCCCGUGCCAGUCUAGGUUCAGCAAGUAACCAAAUAGGAGGUGCGUCAGAGAAGCUGCUGCAGUGUUGGACUGAGUGGAAACAGAAGCGGGGAGAAAAUGAGGAGACUGAGUCAGAGCCAGAUGGGAGCAAAGAUGAAUCUGAGCUGGAAUCACAUACCCUCUCUAUGGUGCGUGGUCUGAGCAGCCAGCUGCGGUCCGCAUGCUUCAGUGUAGUUACGAGUGCAAAGGGUCUACCAAGUGCCAUCCAGGACCAGCUGACCAUAGCACGACUAUCUGCUGAAGAACUGUUUUCCUCUCUGGGGAACGCAGACACCAUCACACCAGUCCUCCUCGAGCAGAGCCGUUAUAAACUGAUCCAAGUUCAGAGGUCUCUGGAUGGUGUCAUGGAGUAUCUACUGAACAACACCCCACUCAACUGGCUGGUGGGACCUUUCACAGCUCAGCUCACUGAGCAUGCAGAAGGAGAUGCAGCAGGGAAGGCUAGUCCAAAGAAGUCUACAUGAAGAGUUGCAGUGCUUAUCUGAAAAUUCAGUGGUGUUGGACAAUUGACUGUUGGUGGACCAGCUUAAAAGUGCCUUAAUAUUCACUAAUGGCUAUCAUGCUUUAAAUUUAAACGUAUCAGUUUAUUGACCCUACAGUUGUAAUAUAGGGAAUGUGGCCUUAAAAGUUCUAUGUGGGUUUUUUGUUUUUUGCACUUUAUUAUUUAAGUUUGUGUUUAACAUCUCAAAGAUUAGUCAGUCUGUAAACACUAAUUGACUCUUGUUAAGGAAUACAAACCCUACCCCAAACUAAGCUAAAGCUGUGGCUUAUAAGUAGUAUAGAAAAGACAUGAGGGCAUAUUGAAUGAGAUGUAGUUAAUUAUGAAUUUCAAUUGUCUG